AUGGCCUUUAACCCAAAUUCUCCGCGUUCAUUCGCCCUUUCUUAUAUCUCAAACUCUCGCUUCCAUCGUUGCUUCACUAUCGAAUCCAGUGUUAUCGAUGGCCCUCUCAAGGUCAGCUACGCAGAGUAUGGGAAGCAACCCACUGAGUCCGAGAGUGUCCCGACUCCAACUCUUCUCUUGAUGCCAGGAAUGUUUUCCUCCCGGUACCUCGGAGUCUGUUUACAUGCGAUCGCUGAGAAACUGGGCGUUCGCAUCCUUGUUGUCGACCGCCCUGGAAUGGGUAAUACUACCGAUGUUCCCCUUGCCAAACGAGUGUCGGUUUGGAUCGAGAUUGUUCCCCGUAUCCUGGCGCAUCUCGGGAUUCAGCAUGUGGCUUUAGCAUCACACAGUGCUGGAACUUUCUAUCUUUUGAACACAUUGUAUAGUUGCCGGGAGAUUCUGGAUCCACAGAAUCCAACAGUCACGCUUUUAGGUACGAUCUAUGCCAUGCAGAACUGUCUAUCCUACAUCCCGAAUAUUACACGCCGGCGCCGGCUUUUCAGCAAAGAUGCAACCGUGAAACAGGCUAACAGUUUGAUAGCUCCAUUUGUUGACCCUGCGCAUUCUGGCAUGAAAUCAUUGAAAGCAGCCCAGUAUAUUCCUACCCCGGCUUUCAAGCUUUGGAACCAUAUCCCACGUCUUUUCCUCGCUCAGGAUGGAUCCGCAACUGCCACUAGCGGGGAAAUGGUUGCCAAAUUCUCUGCCAUGUUUUCAUCUGGUGCUGAGGGGGAAAAAGAUAAGAACCGUCGUUAUAUCGAGGAGCACUACGGCUUAAGUGUGGACCAGCAAAACGAAAUCGAUUCCGCUAUGAUGCAAUUCAUGUUCAAAGAGAACACAGUUGGCGCUAACAGCGAGGCAAUGCAGUGUUUAAGAAAGGAAUCUGGUUCAUGGGGGAAAUGUGAGGACUAUGAGGCUUACGUGAGGGAGCUGGUUGAGCGAGAAAGAGCGCGAGAGCGAGUGGGGAAGCCGUUAAAGGUCAAAGCAUACUUUGCUGAGGAGGACAGCAUGAUUGGAAAGAAAGGACCGCCAUAUUUCGACAAGUGUUGGCAUCAAGCUGGAACUGGGGGUCCAGAGGAUGUACUUGUGUUUGAGUCGACGACUGUUUCCGGCACAGAUCACGAUAGCUUAGUGCAAUCUGGCACUGUAUGGGAGGAGAUUCUUCGAGGGUUGAAGAAUGAGGGGGAGUGA